AUUCAGAUUGAAUUUCUAGCAUGUUAGCUGAAGAGAAAUUAGAGGCAUAUCAAACAAACCCACCAACUGGGUUAAGAGCUCUUCAAAACCCAAAGCAGAGCAUGGAGAGCGACCCAUCCUAAACGACUUUCAGACCUGUCAUUUUCGGUGCAUAAAAAUACAAGCACAUAGUUUAAGAUUCAGAUAGCUUAACCACGCUGAAACCCAAGUUAAGGUAGCAAAUGUAGCAGUAAUAUGAUGUUGCAGUGAGUGCAGAAGUCGGAGCUCUGCUUUUCUAACAAUGGUAAAGCAGAGUUCUGUACUGUUAAAAAAAAAAAAAUACUGCUGUUAUGGGGAAAUGUGCUAAAACGGAGUCCCUAAUAGCCGUCCUAGAAUUAGUACCAAUUAUGGGCUAAAACAGAAGAAAAGGAGGAGAAGACGCAGAAGAGAAGAAAGAGGAUUACAAGGCGCUUCAUCCGGGCACAAUGUCUAGCUGUAUUGAUUUUGCUUCUGAGCAUCUGUGCUACGUGCACUGUAACUUUUGCAGCACCAUUCUCGCGGUGAAUGUCCCAUCAAACAGUUUAUACAAUAUGGUCACAGUUCGAUGCGGUCACUGCAGCCAUCUUCUGUCUGUUAACAUGGGCGCCACAGUACCCCUCGAAUCUGAACAGAAGCGAAAUGACAGUUGCAAAGAUGUACCAUCCUCUUCCUCGGGCAGUGGGAACACAGUUAAAUCAUACGUCGGCGUCCAAGCCACAAACACAAUUUCUGGUGCCCCUCCAGAAAAAAGACAGCGAAUCCCAUCAGCUUACAAUCGUUUCAUAAAGGAAGAGAUUCAAAGAAUCAAAGCCAAUAAUCCAGACAUAAGGCAUAAGGAUGCUUUCAGCGCCGCUGCUAAAAAUUGGGCUCAUUUUCCUGAUAUACACUUCGGAUUGUCAAUAGAAAAAAGCAAACAAGCAACCAGUCGCAAGGAAGACAACGAAGUCAUCAUGGCAGAUUCUCUGUGUUCAAUAAACGAUGGAAGGAUGAGAGCAGACCUAUACUGAUUGUAGGAACCCCUUCUAGCUGUUGGGCUAAGUUCUAGUUAUACCUACCUAGCACGCAAAGGGGGUACACAAACUCUAAUAUCAGAAAGCUUAUGGGUUAUGUGUUGUGAACAUCUUAGACGCUAAAAUGGAUUUGGGCAAUGGAAAAGUAUUUUAUCUGCUCAUUCUGGAGAAAGGGGGAACAAACACAGUGGAACAUUGUAGAGUUGGUGCAUUGCAAACUUUAGUUACAGUAUUAGCCUUUGGGUUGGUUGGCGUAUAUUUUUAUUUUCUUAAUUUAGUAAAUUAUUUCAAAUCAAGAAUCAAAUCAGGCGGCUUCAUAUUAAAAGUCUUUAAUCUUUUAGAGGUGAUGGACUUAUUUAGUUAAGCCAGUUAUGCUUUUCCAAGAUACUUCUUUUCUGAGGAAAUGCAUUAGUACAUAACAUUUGGCUAUACUGGUUUUGAAGGAAAAGAAAAGUUCCAAGCUCUAAUAUUAUCAUCAAAAACAUGUCAUAUGAAUGCUUGCUUAUUUGAAUUUGUAACGCUAACCAGUUGCUAUCAACCCUUUUGACACGCCUCGAGAAGACAAUACUGCAGUUUGUAUGUAAACCUUUUUUGUGUAAGCUGUCCAAAACAUCAAAGAACGUUAGUAUUAUUGUCUAGAAUUGAUAGUAUAAACAAUGUCACCAGUAGUAUCUCCCACAAUAGUUGUAGUGUUUUAUGCAUGAAAGAAGAUAUUAACAUUACAAAAAAUAUAAGAGGAGAACAAAGUUAUUGUAGAAGA